ACAGACCCACAGAGCCUAGAGCCUAAGAGCUGGCUGCGGGGCCGCGCGCGCCUGCUGGCCUAAGGAGUGGCCACCUCGCCAUGUCGCCCCGCACCUGGCUGAACUAGGAGCGCCUGAGGAUGUCGGCACUGAGAAAGGUUCUGCCUGGCAUUCUGCAGAAGCAUUGCUGUAUCCUACCGGAUAGGAACACAGAAUCGCAGUGCACCCUCUGUGGAGAGCCGGAAGAGGAAGAAGGUGGAGACUUGGCCCAGCCGGGCCUCAGCUUCUCGGGGCCGGCAGACGAGGACCUAGACCCGCCGUGCGCAUGGACGCCCACGCCGCACUUCAAUGAGGACCGGUACUCGCCCGCGCCCCGCAGCAUGAAGGGGUUACCCGCCGGCCGGAGCCAGACCCCGCUAUGCGCGGGCCACACCUGCGGCCUGGCGCCCCCCGACGACUGCGAGCUGGCCCACGACCACCUGCACCACGGGCCGGACCCCCGGCAGCCCUACCUGCUGGGCCCCGUGGAGGGCUGCGCGCUGGACCACCGCCGCUGCUCGCCCCGGAGCUCGGUGCGCUCCGAGUGCGCGCCGGCGCCCGCGGGGCCCGGGGAGCCCAUGUCCAGCAGCACCUUCCCCCGCAUGCACUACAGCUCCCACUGCGACCCCCGGGACUGUGACCCCCGGGACUACGACCCGCGGGACUACGAGGGCGGCGGGGGCCGCUCGGGCGCGCGCCGCAUCCCCGCCAACCUCCUGGACCAGCUGGAGAAGCAGCUGCCGCUGCACCGCGACGGCUUCCACACGCUGCAGUACCAGCGGGCCUCGGCGGCCGAGCCUCGCGGCGGGAGCCCGGGCCGCAUCCGCCACCUGGUGCACUCCGUGCAGAGGCUCUUCGCCAAGUCGCACUCGCUGGAGGGCGCGUCCAAGAACGGCGUCAACGGCGGCGGCGCGCGGGGCGACGACCACCACCACGGCCACCACCCCAAGCACGGCAAGCGGAGCAAGAGCAAGGAGCGCAAGCCGGAGAGCAAGCACCGGCCCGGCCUGAGCAGCUGGUGGAGCUCCGACGACAACCUGGACAGCGACAGCACCUACCGGACGCCCAGCGUGGUCACCAGGCACCCGCUGGACCCCGGCCCCCACUGCUACCCCGACGCCCUGCAGAGCCCCUUCGGGGACCUCUCCCUGAAGACCUCCAAGAGCAACAGCGACGUGAAGUGCGCGGCCUGCGAGGGCCUGGCGCUCACGCCCGACCCCCGGUACCUGAAGCGCAGCUCCUGGUCCGCGCUCACCGUGAGCCAGGCCAAGGAGGCCUACCGCAAGAGCUCGCUGAACCUGGACAAGCCCCUGGCCCACCCGGAGAUCAAGCCUGCCCUGCGGCCCUGCCACUACCUCCAGGUGCCUCAGGACGAGUGGGGCGGGUACCCCACGGGCGGCAAGGACGAGGAGAUUCCCUGCCGGAGGAUGAGGAGCGGCAGCUACAUCAAAGCCAUGGGGGAUGAGGAGAGCGCAGAGUCUGACUCCAGCCCCAAGACGCCCCCGACGGCCCCCCUCCGCCCCGAGCCCCUGCUGAAGUCUCUGGCGGCCAGGCCCCUAGGGGACCUCCAGAGCCAGAGCUACCUGCAAGCUGCAAGCGAGAUGCCCCUGCCCCACAGCCUGGACCCCUCUGCCAGCUACAACUCCCCGAAGUUCCGCUCCAGGAACCAGAGCUACAUGCGGGCUGUGAGCACCCUGAGUCAAGCCAGCUGUGUGAGCCAGAUGAGCGAGGCCGAGGUCAAUGGGCAGUUCGAGUCGGUGUGUGAGUCUGUCUUCAGCGAAGUGGAGUCUCAGGCCAUGGAUGCCCUGGACCUGCCCGGAUGCUUCCGCACGAGGAGCCACAGUUACCUGCGAGCCAUCCAAGCUGGCUACUCCCAGGACGAUGAGUGUGUUCCCGUGAUGACGCCCGCCAACGUGGCCGCAGCCAUCCGGUCUACGGCAGCCGCCACCUACGCCAACUACAAGAAGACGCCCCCACCCGUGCCCCCGCGGACCACCUCAAAGCCGCUGAUCUCAGUGACGGCGCAGAGCAGCACCGAGUCCACGCAGGACGCCUACCAGGACAGCCGUGCUCAGCGGAUGUCCCCGUGGCCCCAGGACGGCCGCGGCCUGUACAACUCCACAGACAGUUUGGACAGCAACAAGGCCAUGAGCCUGGCUCUGGAAACGGCUGCGGCCCAGCGCCACGCCGCAGACAGCCAGGGCGGUGCCACCCGGACCAGCGACAAGGCCAUCCUGGCCUCCAAGGCUGAGGAGCUGCUCAAGAGUCGCUGCUCCUCCAUUGGGGUCCAGGAUUCUGAGUACCCAGAGCAUCAGCCAUACCCAAGGUCAGAUGUGGAAACAGCCACUGAUUCGGACACUGAGAGCAGAGGACUACGGGAGUACCACUCGGUCGGCGUGCAAGUGGAAGACGAAAAGCGGCACGGGCGCUUUAAGCGCUCCAACAGCGUCACGGCUGCCGUCCAGGCCGACCUGGAGCUGGAGGGCCCCCAGGACCACGUCACCAUGGAAGACAAGGGCCUGCAGUUUGGCUCCUCCUUCCAGCGGCACUCAGAGCCCAGCACCCCGACGCAGUAUGGAGCGGUGCGGACUGUGCGGACCCAGGGCCUCUUCAGCUACCGGGAGGACUAUAGGACGCAGGUGGACGCCUCCGCCCUGCCCCCGCCCGAGCCCUGGCUGGAGCCGUCCUUGGAGCCCGGGGAAACGGGGAGACUGUCUCCGUGCCGCAGGGACGGCUCCUGGUUCUUGAAGCUCCUGCACACGGAGACGAAGAGGAUGGAAGGCUGGUGCAAAGAGAUGGAGAGGGAAGCAGAGGAGAACGAUCUCACAGAAGAAAUUCUCGGGAAGAUCAGAAGUGCCGUGGGGAGUGCCCAGCUGCUCAUGUCCCAGAAGUUCCAGCAGUUUUAUUGGCUCUGCCAGCAAAACAUGGACCCCGGCGCCCUGCCCCGGCCGACGCCCCAGGACCUGGCCGGCUACUGGGACAUGCUGCAGCUCUCCGUGGAGGACGUCAGCAUGAAGUUCGACGAGCUGCACCAGCUGAAGCUCAGCGACUGGAAAGUGAUGGACUCGCCCGAGAGAAAGGAAGAAAGGAAGGUCCCCCCUCCGAUACCAAAGAAGCCCCCCAAGGGGAAAUUUCCCAUCACGAGAGAGAAGUCCCUGGACCUACCCGACCGACAGCGCCAAGAAGCCAGGAGACGGCUCAUGGCUGCCAAGAGGGCAGCCUCCUUCCGCCAGAAUUCCACCACGGAGAGAGCAGACAGCAUUGAGAUCUACAUCCCGGAGGCCCAGACCCGGCUCUGAGAACAGUGUGGGCCGCACGGCUGGCUUUGUUCUUUUUCACAGGACGCUUGUACAGUUUGUUGCCUUCCUGGUAGUUUUUGUCUCAUUCCCUCCACCAAAUACGCCCUGGCCCCGUGUUCUCUGCACGUCGGGCACUGUGGAUGCUCCGGAUCUCCUCCACGUGCGGGGCGGACUCGUGCCAUGCGGACUCGCAGCCAGCCAGACAGUCAGGCUCCCCUCCUCAUCCUCAGAGGACCACAGCAACGCCUCUUCAGAUGGACCCCAGCUGACACUUUGUUAUUUAUAUUUUUAUAAAUUGUGAGAUAACUAGAGGUAAGAAUAACAAAUAACUACAAACGGGUGCAUCUCACCACUCCCAAGAGGCAUUAGACAACCCAAGUGGAAGGUGCUACAACCUGAAGGGCAGGGAAGACAGACCCAUUGCUCCACAGACCUCCAGCCUCCCUCCGCCAAGUCCAGCUGGCCCUGCCGCCCAUCCUGGCCCUCCAUGUUGCCGCAGGAAGCACCUGGUUCCUUGUGGGGAGCUCGUGGCGAUGAGAAGGGGACUCGGUAACCUUCAGAUUGCCCCUCGAUGGUUCUCCAAGCCGAGGAGAUGGCAAGGCUCCAAAAUCACCCAACACAGCAUCUGCUCUUGGAAAAAGGAUCUGAGAGUUCCCGCAAAGACUGAUGCCUGGGAAGAAUCAUCUGGAACCUCAGAAAGCCUCGAGCUCAAAUGUAGAUGGAGAAGUUGUCCACUUCCAUGAAAAAAGUCAUUGCUUUUUGUGAUCCCUCUGUGAGUUAAAACAUCACACAUAGCAUUUUCUUUAAAUUCUUCAUUUUUGUGCUCCAUGUAAUUUUUCGUUUGUUUUGCCUACAUUCUCAAACUGCUUUAUCAGUUGACUUUUCAGGGUAUCCUCCUAUAAAAAAAAAAAGAGAAAGGGUUGCUUGUUGAAAAUGACAGUUGUGAUGUUAUAAAAGUAUAAGAAAUAUGAAUGCGAGUGGUAAGUAUAUCUCAGUUGAAAUGGUAAAGAAGAUAAUGUAGUUUAUACCUGUAUUUUUCCAGAAUUAUUUUGUCCUAUGCAGUACUGCUAAAGUUAAUAUAUUUCCUGCCUGGGUUAGACAUGCAGGAGGGAAACACGGUCACAUCUGGUGAUUUCCAGCUGUGGAAUGUGCAAAGGUACUUAGUGCUCGUGACUCUGGAGGCCAGCAGGGCAAGGGGAAGCUACCCUGAAGCCUGCAAAGGAAGAGGCUAUGUGGUUCCCGCUGCUCCUGGCCCCAGAGUUCUCCGCCUCCCUGCAGCUCUGGCAGGUUCAGAGGUGUUCUUUCUGUACCAGGUCUUCCUUCUUGCUGCUUUAAGGAACAUGAUGUGCGUAGCCAUGGGCGGGAAGCUCUCCACAGCCCCCUAGCACUUUGUUUUCUCUCUAGAUUCGCACUUUAAGAUGGGCCUGGGAUGGGACAGGACAUCUGGACGCUGCACUGCCCUUCCUCAUAGCUGUAUUCCACCACGCAUGGGGCUCCCGGGGACACAGUUGAUGUUGAUAUUGCAGCAUGUCGAGCUUCGAAGUUUUACUUUUUUAAAGCUGAGUAGUUACGAUUUCCCUGUUACAAUAAAUCCCUAUAAAUUGAGCCUCAUACCUGGUAUAUAUUUUACCAAACAGCCUUAAAGUAUAUUGGAAGCAAAAAUCAUACGAAUGUAUAUCCUUAAAAAAUGCAAAAAAAAAAUCCCCUGAAUUAUUCUUCUAUAACUGAAUCCUAUUUCCCCAGAGUGUUCAAAUCAUUUUUCUACCUGAAUAAACACCUAAAUCCUGAACAAUGUACAAUAUGACACUUCUGUACUCACUCCACUGUGUUGAAAGCUAGUAUAUGUAUAAGUAUUGACAUUUUAGACUUUGAAGUGACAAAGGAACUCCUAUUUAGAACAGCCACAGGCAAGCAGAACCCAUGUUAAUUAUAGAUAAAGAAAUGCAAAGUGCACAUGUACGCUGGCCAAGAGAUCAUAUGGGCUUCCUGGCAGCCGAUGUGUUUAUCUUGU